ACACCAACCAUGCAAGGCCUAUCAUGAUGGCAGCUCUCUUUGGAGUUCUUUUAGCCCUGUAUGUCAACGGCCUUGUAAUGGAGAAAUACCUGUCAAAGCUGAUGACAAAGCUGACAGCAAUGGAGAGUAGACCGACCAGAGGCAGAGGAGGCAGUUGGAAAAGAGGCGACCGGGGCGGAAACAACAGCGACAGUUUUGGUGGUGAACACCGGGGCAGGGGGCGAGGAGGCCAUCACCGCGGUCGGGGCAAAAGAGACCACUACCGCGGUCGUGGACGUGGGGGAUGCGUCCCUGCAGCGGAGCUCCAUCACCGGGAUGAAGGGGACAACGCUCAUGAGGACGAUGACAGGACGGAGGUGUUCUCCAGGAGGAAACUGGAGUCAAACUGGGACCGUUACGAGGAGUCAGAGAAGCAGGAAGCAGAUGAUGACGUGCCCUCUCAGAGAGGAGCAGACUACCACGUCCUGCUGGAGUCGGCAGGGGAUUCGUUCACUCAAUUCCGGUUUUCGGAAGAGAAGAACUGGGAGGCGGACUCGUUUGCAGCCGGUCAGAUGUCUGCAGUAUUUGUCGACCUCCCGGCGCUCGCAGAGACCCUCAAACAAGUGCCUCUCCAUCAGAGACUCAACCUGGAGGCCGAGCUGGUUCAAGUCUCGACACCAGUAGAGCUGCCUGCUAGUAUGACCGUCACACCUAAAGAGGAGACGCCCAACACAUCCUCAUUCACUCCUCCGUCUGCCGCUUUUAAAGCCCUCAGCACCAACCAGAAAGUCGCUGUGGCUGCCAACCCAGUGUUGACCUCGGAGUCACAGGUCUCUUCGAGCACUGCAGAGUCUCUGCCAAUGGCUGACGAUGAUGAUGAUGGUGAUGAUGAUGAAGAGCUGGACCAGCUGCUCAGUUUAGAGAAACCAGUUAUGGGUGUUUCAGGACACCAUUCUGUCAGUAUUACAGACGAGGAGAGUGUGGUUUCAGAGAAAGAGUGCGAGGAAGUGAAGGAGGUGAUGGAAGAGAAGAUGGAGGAGGUGAAAGACAAAGAUGUCACACCUCCCAAGUCUGCAUCCGUCAGGAAGGAAGUGACAGAGGAGGACCUGGAGGACUGGCUCGACAGCAUGAUCUCCUGACCGGAAAGACUUGGAUAAAGACAGAAGAGAUGUAAUUCUCUGCUCCUCCUCGCCUGUGAAAGUUAUUCCCCAGAGGAGCGUGGUGAGUAACUGUGGUCAGAGAGAUCCGAGCUGCCGAAGAGACGGACAACACGUUUGGUUUAUUGCGUCAGUUGCUUUAUUCAUUUCCUCCCCCUCGUCAAAAGAAAUGCGGUUUACCAAAGCUACUACAUACAUACAAAUGGCCAUUCAAUAGCAGUUAACCAAUGUGUCGUCAAUAAAUCCUUGAACCAAA